GUCAGGGCUAGAGCAACACUUUUGAAUCAUAUGUUAUACGAUGAUGUUAAAAUUAGUUUUAGUAUUUAUCAGUUUUUCAGUUCAUACUUUGUAUGGAAAUGUCUCAGUACAACUUAUUAGUGGUGCUCAAUGCAAAUCUGAUCACGAAUGCCCUCCAAUUUAUAGGAAAUAUACAAGCUGCUCGGGAGGAAAUACACUCCAGUCCUGCCAGGAAUACAAAUCAAGCAUUGGAGCCAGAUGUGUGACACAAGCUGAUGGUCUUUGCCAGAUUGGAAAUUUACUAGGAGCUAGUGAGAGAUGUAUAUACAGGCAUUGUGCAGAGUGCUUUACUCCAGAGGAUUGUGGGGGUACAUGUGCAGUCUGUAGGUUUAAUAAGUGUUACAAUGCGUGCUCUGGAGGCUUCAAGUUUUUUUUUCAAAGAAAGUAGUAAUUUGUUUAAAUGGUGUUUUGAUAGAACAGAUUUGGUUACAAUUGCCAUUUACUUGAAGAAAAAACGAAAUCAAUUUCAAUUUCUAUUGAUUUUAUUUUUUUUUUGAGAGUAAAUAACAUGUAUAUAAAUAGUAAUACAAUUUUGCUGUACACAAUUCCUUAAAAUAUAUAUA